CGGAUUAUAGUAUUUUUUUUCAACGUGGAGUUUAUCCCGCUGAGGACUUUAAAUGGGUAAAGAAAUACGGACUAAAUGUUUUAAUGACACUCGAUGACAAUGUUAAACUGUAUUUAAAGAGGUUGUUAAAUCAAAUAGAAAUAGAUAAGCUUGUUCUGGCAAUCAUCUCAUGCGAAACACGCGAGACGCUUGAAAGAUGGCAAUUUGAAAUUGAAAUCAUCGAUGAAAAUAAAGCGCAAGACAACAAAUCAUAUGACGCAAUACAAAAAGAAAUUCAAGGAAUUAUCCGUCAAAUAACAGCCAGUGUUUCAUUUUUACCAGUUCUAGAAGAUAAAUGCACGUUCUCUAUUUUGGCAUACACGGAUAAAGAUAUCGAAGUGCCGGCUGAAUGGAGAGAUGGUGAUCCGCAUCUUAUACCAAAUGCCGAACAA